ACUAAAACUUUGACGUUUCCGGCGGCGGGUUCAAAAAAGUAAAAUCGAAAUCGAGUGGAAAUCUGUUCCGACCUAGUUUCGUCUGAAGAAAAUGGCCCCAUUUCGCCGCCCUCUCACCCCGCCCCCGUUGCUUAUCUUCGUCGGCCUGUACCAGGAAGAGCUGGUCCGUUUCCGAGUGGCUUUGGACGAGGAGGUUCGAAACCGGUUCCGUUUGCAGCAACUUCAGUCGGAUCACAUCCAGGAGGGGGCGAUCAACGUGCUGCGGAAUCGUGGAACAAUGUUGGCUUCGGGUGGUGCCGAUGGACGGGUUGUGAUGUUGGAUCUGAAGCAGGGAACCAGCUGGGACGUGACCGUUCCGAACGAGGAAUCGAUAAACUGUAUGGACUUUAGCGGUUGUGGGAGGUUCCUGUUUGUGGGGGGUGCCGAGCGGAGCGUGUUCUACGUGGACAUUGGGAAGCGGGCCGUGACCUGCCGGAAGUGGAACGCCCACCGGGCGGGGGUUGCGGUGCUGAGGGUGCGGCCGGGGACGGGUCGGAUGAUGUUUACGGUGGGGCAGGAUCGGGAGGUCAAGUUCUGGGAUUUGUACCUGAGCAGGACGACCGCUACGGAUGAGUUCCGGGUUGAUGAGCGCUUUGCGGGGCCGAUUGCCUGUAUGGAGUUUAGUCCCAGCGGGGGCCUGCUGGUCACGGCAGGGGAAGGUUUCGCGCGGGUGACCUCCAUCCCAGGUGGUCGAAUCGUCCGGGCGGUCACCUUCGAAGGCGAAAAGCCGGUUGCUGCCGUUUGGCUCUCCGAGUCGGUGCUGCUCAUCGGAAUGAGCUCCGGAAGGGGGGCCAGCUUUCGAACCGAUGACGAUCGCGAACCCCGCUGGACUCGGUUCUACCACGACGGGAAGCUGGCGGCGAUGGCCCGGGAGGGAAAUCAUCUGGUCACGGCGUCAAACCGCACCGUUCUCGCUUUGUGGGAGAUUCUCGACGGGUUCCGGAUUUGGCUGCUCUGCCGCACGGAGAUCGUCGGGAAAGCCACCUCACUGGUCAUGGUGGACACGGCCCAGCUCGGUCUAGAGGAGUUCGUGUCCGAAACGGAAGCGAUCACCACCCAAGACGAAGCAAAGAAGGAUGACCUGCGCAACAACACGUUCGGGGACACGCCCUCGGAAGGCAGCGACGAAAGUGUGACUUUUGUCAGCGAGGAACAGCUCGAGCUGGAGUCGGAAGAUGACGACGUCAUGGAGGAGGAGGAGGAGGAGGAAGUGCUUCAGAUCAUCCCGGAAACGCCGCAGGAGGCGAGCUCGCAAUCGCUGAUUGAAUUUCCGGAACCAAACCGGUCCGACUCCAGCCUGGAGUCGCUGAGGGUGGACGAGGAGGAGCUUUCGGACUGCGGCAGCGAGGGAACGGGCUCGGACGAGCAGAUUGUCGUCGUGAGGUCCUAUACCGAAGAUGGCGUUGACGGAGGGGUAGAUGAUUCCGUGGGAGAUCGGCGCAGCGUUCGUUUUUGUGUUUGAAUAACGUUGAGUUUAUUGUUAGCGUUAACGACUUUGUGUUAAAAUUUAUAUUGUUUCAAAAGUUCAAUUCAUUUUUAUUUUUUUUUUUUUGCUUCAACAAAUAUGACAGAAUAGUUCAAUAAAUUGGUUAAU